AUGAAGGAUUCAGUCUUAAGCCACCGCCAACAAGGCGAUUUCGGAAGAAAAAGAUUGGAGAACCAAGCCAAUGUUCAGAGUACAAAAUUCCGUGAUUUGGCUAAAAAUGGUUACUGGUUCGAGUCAGUGGAACAUGAUAUCGAAGAUGUCUACUGUGGAUACCGGCCUCGUGCGGAUCGUUCCAUAGCUCUUAAAAAGAAUAAGAAGUCGAAAGUGAUGGAACGAUCACAACGUUCAGACGACAGUCAUUAUAUUCAUCACGAACGUAUAGUUUAUGAGCCAAGGAGAAAUCUGGAACUUCUCCCGCCACUCAAACCAAUAGAUAAUGCCAAGGAAUUGGAGUAUCCGAACAAAGAAGUUUACGCAAUGAACAAUGCGAAACUUUUCUCCCAACGGAAUUCUCAGGAAAAGUAUCCGUACUCUCUCACCGACGUCACCAAGAACAUGGACGUGAUCAAAGUACCAACCACCGAGGCUUUCAAAAAAUAUUUCAAUGGAAAGCUCACAAAUCCGACAGUAAUCGAAAAUAAAAAGAAGAAGUUGGGUGUCCAAAGAAGAAGGAAGCAAAUCGUUCAGAAAGUGAGAAGCGUUCCACUCAAACAACGUCCGGUGUCAGCUCUUCCACCGGGACAGGCAAACCCGCCGGAAGGAGAGUUCGAAAGGGAUGCCGAUGGACGGCUUAUUCCUACGUUCAGUGAGCUUUUUUUCUCUUAUGAGAAAACUGAGAACUAUAACAAUUUGAUAAGAGAUUAUCUUUCAAUGGCUGGAAUCGGACAUACAUGCUACUCGGCCGAUUUCAAAUGUAGAAUCCUGAUUGGAUUCAUCACAAAGAACUUCAAGAUAGUCUUUGACAACAAGCUCGGAGACAUCUUCGAAAAACACCUCCAAUUGAUGGGAAUUUUCUGUUCAGACUGGAAAAAAGAGCAUUUCCAGGUAGUGAGAGAGAAGUUUCUACAACUGAAGAACGAGUGGAAGGAACAAAACAACCAGUGA